GUGAUGCAGGAGGCAGUGUGGCCCGGGGGUGUCCUCCCUGAUGGGCCCCGUCCCGACCGCAGCCCCAUCCAGAGAGAAGAGACCAGGCAGCAGUGUCUGCACUGCCUCACACAGCUACUACCAGGUCAGUGUCGGCACUGCCUCACACAGCUACUACCAGGUCAGUGUCUGCACUGCCUCACACAGCUACUACCAGGUCAGUGUCUGCACUGCCUCACACAGCUACUACCAGGUCAGUGUCUGCACUGCCUCACACAGCUACUACCAGGUCAGUGUCUGCACUGCCUCACACAGCUACUACCAGGUCAGUGUCUGCACUGCCUCACACAGCUACCACCAGGUCAGUGUCUGCACUGCCUCACACAGCUACUACCAGGUCAGUGUCUGCACUGCCUCACACAGCUACUACCAGGUCAGUGUCUGCACUGCCUCACACAGCUACCACCUGGUCAGUGUCUGCACUGCUUCACACAGCUACCACCAGGUCAGUGUCUGCACUGCCUCACACAGCUACCACCAGGUCAGUGUCUGCACUGCUUCACACAGGUACUACCAGGUCAGUGUCUGCACUGCUUCACACAGCUACUACCAGGUCAGUGUCUGCACUGCCUCAAACAGCUACCACCAGGUUAGUGGUUGUAGCUGAUCAGUGUCUGCACUGCCUCAAACAACUACUGGCUCACACAACUACUGACGGGUCAGUGUCUGCACUCUGCACUGCCUACACAACUACUAACAGGUCACUGUCUGCACUGCCUCACACAACAACGACCGGGGUUAAUGUCUAUGCUACCAGGUACAUGGGUCAGGUACGUGGGUCAGAGUCAUGCUACCCAAGCCAUUUAGAUCAAAUACUGUAUUUUACAUUUACAUUUUAGUCAUUUAUCCAGACUCUCUUCUCCAGAGCAAUUUACAGGAGCAAUUAGGGUUAAGUGCCUUGCACAAGGGCACAGACAGAUUUUUUUCACCUAGUCGGCUCGGGGAUUGUAACCUCUAGGCGACCUGUAUGGGAACCAUAUGGGAAUCACAGGUGUAUUAGGUAAUUGUACUGUCCCCUUAUUGCCAUUUUAACGUGUUUGUGUGUGUGUGUUUGUGUGUGUAGACCUGAUUUCUGACAUGCUGGGUUCUGAGAAGUACAGGCUGAGCUGGGAUAUGGCACUGGAGUCUCUGCAGGACCCUAACAUCAACCGGUGAGCCCCCUAUCAUCACUGGCUUUAGCAUUUUGGUGUGUGUGUAUAGUAGGGUUGUUAAACCUAAAAUGUCAAUGUCACAUACAGGCCAAACAUUGAGCGUUUGAUCCAUGUCAACUUCAAUCUGACCUAUGGUAACCUCUCUCCUCUCUCUGUGUCUGGGAGAUUCUACAGGCACCUGAUCUACUGUAUCUGUGACCUGCUGUUGGAGUUCCUGAUUCCAGAGUCUUCAGAGGAGGGCUUUCAGAGAUCUCUACUACACAGUCUCUUUGGGGAUGAAGAGAGGCUGUCUGCUUCAGCUUGA